AUGAAAGUAUCACGUAGCUUGGAAGGUCCAGUAUGUAACAGAUGUCGACAAGAAAGAGGGAAUCAUAGAUUCUCGGCUUCAAAUAAUAUGGACCCUGGACCACAACCAGAAGAGCUUACAAAUUUGACUCAAGUAGAAGAAAUGUUGAUUGCACGUGUCAGCCCCAUACUACAAGCUACACAUGCAACAUGCAGUCAAUAUAAAUAUAAAGGGCACAUGAUAAGUUUCCCCCAAAAUGUAGAGCAUGUGUCAAAAAAAUUGCCACAUUUGAGAGAAAACUUACCAAUCAUAAUUGUUCGAAGGAGGGAUCAACAUGGAACAAACUAUAACUUUACAGUUAAUAGGGAUCGUGUGUAUAGGGCACUCAAAUACAAAAUAGAGCAUGAUAGAUUUUACUCUGAUGUUACAAUUGAUGAAAAUGCUCUCAAUCAUCUAUCAACAGAUUCUGAUGAGAAUAUUUUUAAUAAAUUGAAGACCAUACAUAUGGAAUUUGAUUCAGAUGCAAAUGAGAUCAUAUUUGUGGGUCCAAUCAUGGAGAUAGAUGAUGGUAAUAUAAUAGAGCACACAACAUCAAUGGCUUCAAGACCACCUAAUGCCCAGAGAGAAAUGGAAUUAAUCCAUGCAUGGAUUAAUAACCCUAAUUCAAAUCCUACUACACUGAUAGAUUGGCUGAGCAUUGGUGCAUCUCCAAUAAAUGAAUACAUCACGUCAGGAUUACUUGAUAUGGCAUUUCCCACAUUGUUUCCAGAUGGUCGAUGCGAUUGGUUAGAACCAAGAAUGAGGCGUGUCCACCUCCACGAGUUUGUGAAACAUUUGUUACGCUAUAGAGAUCAUCAUUUUGGUCAGCAUCCAAGAUUCAGAUAUUUUAUGAUGAACAUGAUAAUGAGACACCGUGCACAACAUUCAUCUUCAGUAUUUGUAAAAAGAAGCUUUAGAGACAUGCCAAUAACCAUCAACGAGUUGCGUCAACAUAUGGAAAACAUGCCUCACUCAAAUUUAGCUGAUAAAUUAAUGUGA